CUCCAGCCGCCGAUCGACACUUGCAGCCAUUUUACGCAGGGUGAACCCAAUCAUGUCGUGAGGGAAGCGGGGAGGAACAGGGUCUGCGUGGAUCACCUGGAACUGCUGCUGCAGGGACCUAUCCGAGGAAAAUGGUGAAGAGGAAAAGCCUGGAUGAAAAUGAACCGGAAUGCGGGAAGGGAGUACCAUUCCCCAUCCAGACCUUCCUCUGGAGGCAGACCAGUGCUUUCCUGCGGCCAAAGUUGGGGAAACAGUAUGAAGCCUCCUGUGUGUCCUUUGAGCGGGUGCUGGUGGAGAACAAGCUGCACGGUCUGUCACCAGCGCUGUCAGAGGCCAUCCAGAGCAUCUCCCGCUGGGAGCUGGUCCAGGCCGCCCUGCCUCACGUCCUCCACUGCACCUCCAUCCUGCUGUCCAACAGGAACAAACUGGGCCACCAGGAUAAGCUAGGUGUGGCUGAGACCAAGCUGCUGCACACGCUGCACUGGAUGCUGCUGGAUGCAGCCCAGGAGUGCAACCAUGAGCCCAUUCUGAGCCAGGGAUGGUCCCGGGGCGGCAGCAGCAGCAGCGCCUUCCUCCAACCCAUGGGGAAUCAGGGAUCUUCCCCCGGAGCUCCCGGCUCUGGCUCCGGGUCGGCCCUGGGCGGGUCGGGACGGCAGAACAGCAGCUCCCUGCUGGAGGACGACGAGCAAUCUCGAACCAAGUUGUUCCAAAAGAGUAUGGCCACGGUGGAGCUGUUCGUGUUCCUGUUCGCGCCGCUGAUUCAUCGCAUUAAGGAGUCGGACCUGACCUUCAGGCUGGCCAGUGGUUUGGUGAUAUGGCAGCCCAUGUGGGAGCACCGGCAGCCCGACAUCCCGGCCUUCACCUCCCUCAUUAAACCAGUCCGAAACAUUGUGACGGCAAAGAGAAACUCCCCAGUCAACAAUCAGUGCAGCCCCCAUGGAUCUGCUAACCAAAGUCCCAUGGGCUUCCAGGUGGUCUGUGAGGCCAGUCAGUCCGUUUCCUCCUCCCCUGCAGCUGGUGAGCAGAGUUGUCGUCCGGCCAACUCGGUUGAGAAAGGAGGCACUUCCCAGCAGCCCCUGCCUGUCAAAGGCCCCGCUAAAAAAAAGACUUCGGCUCCUGCUGGUUUGCCGGCGUCUCUGGCCCAUCGAGCGCGGUACGCCACCUACUUUGACGUUGCGGUGCUGCGUUGCCUGCUUCAGCCCCACUGGACGGAGGAGGGCGUGCAUUGGGCCCUCAUGUACUACCUGCAGCGGUUAAAGCAGAUCAUGGAGGAGAGACCCGAACGUACCCCGGAACCCCUGGUCAUCCCUCUGCCACGGCCACGGAGCAGCUCCAUGGUGGCCGCAACUCCAUCGCUGGUCAACACUCACAAGACUCAGGACAUGAGUCUGAAGUGCAACGAAGAAGGCAAAUCUUUGAGCACGGAGACCUUUGCGAAAGUAUCACUCACCAACUUGCGUCGACAGGCGGUGCCAGACUUGUCUUCUGACCUGGGUAUGAACAUCUUCAAGAAGUUCAAGAACCGAAAGGAGGACAGGGAGAGAAAAGGUUCCAUCCCAUUCCAUCACACUGGGAAGAAGCGCCAGCGGCGGAUGGGUGUGCCGUUCCUGCUUCAUGACGACCAUUUGGACGUCUCUCCCACGCGGAGCACCUUCUCCUUCGGAAGCUUCUCGGGGCUGGGGGACGACCGGCGGGCUUUGGACCGCGGUGGCUGGCAGGCUACCAUCAUGGGCAAAUUCACACGCAGGGGCAGCACGGACACAGCUGCCGACGCCGACAGCCUGAGCGCCAAACACUCCCACUCCCACCACUCACUACUCCGAGACAUGCCCGACCACUCCAACAGCCACAGUGACAACACGGUGAAGGAAGUCCGUUCCCAGAUCUCGACCAUCACCAUGGCAGCGUUCAACACAACCGUUGCGUCCUUCAACGUGGGCUACGCCGACUUCUUUACCGAGCAUAUGAAGAAACUGUGCAACCCGGUCACUGCGCCCGAGAUCCCCGUGGAACCACUGGCCUGCACCAACCUCCCCCGGAGCCUCACCGACUCCUGUAUCAACUACUCCUGUCUGGAAGAGGGCGAGAACAUAGAGGGAACCAAUAACUUUGUUCUGAAAAAUGGCAUGUUGGACCUAACGGCCGUCCUGCGGGCUGUUUAUGCCGUACUCAGUCACGACAUCAGCUCCAGGAUCUGCGACGUGGCACUUAACAUCAUUGACUGCCUGCUGCAGCUGGGGGUAGUCCCCGGGAUGGGGAAGAGGCUGUCCAAGCCUGAUAACAAGGAAAACCAGGAGGCUCGUGCCAAAGACUCAAGCGGGCAAAGCCUUGGAGGGGGUGCUCAGGGUGGGGGAGCGAUUUCAGGAGCCGGCGGGGGAGGAGAUGGAGGUGGGGGAGGGGGGAGUGGAGGAGGGAGCGGGCAGGGGAGCAAGGAUGAUGUGAAAAAUAACAAGGAUAAUGAUAAAAAGGAGGAAGAGGGUUCUGCUUUUAGCACCCACCGCCUGGCUUUAACCAUGCUGAUUAAGAUAGUCAAGUCUCUGGGCUGUGCUUACGGAUGCGGGGAGGGACAUCGAGGGCUAUCAGGAGAUCGGCUCAGGAUGCAGGCCCAAAACUGCUUGACUAAUCUUUAUAAGCUGGACAAGGUGCAGUUUCGCCAAACGAUGCGCGAGUAUGUCAACAAAGACUCUCUCAAUAACAUUGUGGACUUCCUGCACGCACUGCUGGGCUUCUGCAUGGAGCCCAUUACUGACAAGUACGGCAGUGCAGGUGAGAGGUCCAGGAGGGCGAAAAAAAGAAACAUCGACAAGGCGGGCUUUGGUAACAACUUCGCCACAGGGGACAACAAGUCGCUGGCGCAGAACAUGGAGGCAGUGGUGGUGGGCUGCAUGUUUAAGUCCCUUAUCACCCGCUGCGCCUCGACUACACACGAGCUGCACAGCCCCGAGAACCUGGGUUUGUACUGCGAUAUCCGCCAGCUGGUUCAGUUUAUAAAAGAGGCCCAUGGAAAUGUGUUCCGGCGGGUGGCGCUGAGUGCACUCCUAGACAGUGCCGAGAAGGUCACCGCCGCCAAGAAACCUGAUGAAAAGGAGGAUGGCAAACAGUUCGGACCAAGGAGGUCUGAGGCGGGUGUGUCCGGGGAGAAGGGUCAGGUCUCCAGUGCUGCAGAUGAGUGUCGCAGCUGCAUCUCCAGUAGACCCCCCCAGACCCCCGAACAUGACGAACAGAUCCCGGGCGCCCUCCUUGGCAGGAAGGACUUCUGGAGGAAGAUGUUCAAGUCCCAGAGUGCCGCCAGCGACACCAGCAGCCAGUCAGAGCAGGACACUUCGGAAUGCACCACGGCGCAUUCUGGCACCACCACCGACCGCCGUUCUCGUUCCAGAUCCCGACGCAUUUCGCUCCGCAAGAAACUCAAACUCCCCAUAGGCAACUGGCUAAAGCGCUCCUCCCUGUCUGGGCUGACCGAUGGGGUGGAGGACCUGCUGGACAUCAGCUCAGUGGAUCGCCUGUCCUUCAUAAGACAGAGCUCAAAGGUGAAGUUCACAAGUGCAGUGAAGCUGUCUGAAGGGGGCGCUGCGGGGCCGGAGUACGGCAGGGACGAGGAGGAGAAUUUCUUCAAGCGGCUCGGUAAAUGGAGGUCUGGCAGGAGGAAUCCAUCCAAGCUUCACCACACAGAAGAGAAAGAUGGACCUCAUGGUUUUCAGGAGCGUUUAGCAGCUAGUCAAGAGGCCAUGAAAAACAAGAAUGUGGUAAAUCUGGGCGCGAUCCGGCAGGGAAUGAAGCGCUUCCAGUUUCUCUUAAACUGCUGUGAGCCAGGAACCAUUCCCGAUGCCUCCAUCCUUGCUGCCGCUUUAGAUUUGGAGGCUCCAGUUGUGGCCCGUGCUUCCCUUUUCCUAGAAUGUGCCAGAUUCGUCCACCGUUGUAACCGUGGGAACUGGCCAGAGUGGAUGAAGGGCCACCAUGUUAACAUCACCAAAAAGGGCCUAUCCAGGGGUCGGUCGCCAAUAGUGGGCAACAAAAGAAACCAGAAGCUCCAGUGGAACGCUGCCAAACAUUUCUGCCAGUGGGGAGAUGCUAUCGGCACAAGGCUCAGUGAGCUCUGUCACUCAGACAGCGAGAGUCCCGCCAACAUUCUGGGUUAUAUUUAUGACGAAGAGACUAAGCGCAGAAUGAGAAAAGAGGACGAGGAAGAGGAUUAUCUGGAGGACAACACGGUUAAUCCCACAAAAUGCGGCUGCCCUUUUGCUCUAAAGAUGGCCGCCUGUCAGUUGUUGUUGGAAAUCACCACCUUCCUGCGAGAGACGUUCCCCUGCCUACCCCGCCCUCGAACCGAGCAGCUUGCGGACCUGGACAGCUGCCGUCUGCGUCUGGACCCGGAGCUGGGCCGCCAUCGCUACGAGAGGAAGAUCAGCUUUGCGGGAAUCCUGGAUGAUGAAGAUGGGCAUGACUCUCUCAACAGCAGCAGCCACACUCUGAAGUCUGACACGACGGGAGAGGAGAAGAAGACCCAGGAGGCUCAGGCACCUGUCAGGAAGAUUCGAAUCGGAGGCGCUCGGUUGCUUCAGAUCAAAGGGGCCCGCAGUUUCCGUGUGAAAAAGGGGGGGUCCCUCUCUUCGAUCCGCCGUGCGGGGAGCCUGAAGAGCACCAAGCUGUCUCGGCAGGACUCCGAGUCGGAGAACGAAGAAGGGCUGCUGUCACAAACGCAGAGCAGGGACACCGUCACUGACAUCGGAAGUCCCUUCAGCACCAGUGAACCCAGCAUUGAGCCUGAGGGUCAGGGCUCAGGAGGAGCUGAAGACAACUACCAUCGCAACAUGUCCUGGCUCCAUAUAAUGAUUCUGCUGUGUAACCAGCAGAGUUUCAUCUGCACACACGUAGACUUCUGUCACCCACGUUGCUACCAGCAUCACGGCCGCUCCUGCGCCCGUCUUGUCCGUGCCAUCAAGCUCGUUUACGGCGAGACGGUGGACAGCCUGAGAGAGGACAGUGCCUCUGGUGCCCCUGGUGGACGCGCAAAGAAGAACAAGGAGUGUUCAGAUAAAUCCUGCUUGAGGACUCCCUCCAUGAAGAGGAAACCUACCGACUCCAACGCAGAAGGGAAGAAGGACACCGGCAUGCUCAAGUACAUCCGCAACCAGGUGAUGAGUUUGUCCCCAGCUCCUCUUUCGCUGCUGAUAAAGGCUGCCCCGAUUCUCACUGAUGACAUGUACGGAGACAUUCAGCCCGCCGCCUGGGAGCUGCUGCUCAGCGUUGACGAGCAUAUGGCGGCUGCAGCUGCCGCCAUGUUCCUCCUCUGCGCCGUCAAGGUCCCCGACGCCGUGACCGAAAUGAUGAUGGCGGAGUUCCAACACCAGGAGGCCUGUCAGCGUAUCAACUCCGUCCUAAAGUUCUACACACUGUGGCGUUUCCGCUAUCAGGUGUGGCCUCGGAUGGAGGAGGGAGCCCAGCAGAUCUUCAAAAUCCCCCCGCCAAGCAUCAACUUCACUCUGCCGUCUCCAAUCCUUGGCAUGCCCUGCGUCCCCAUCUUCGACCCCCCCUGGGUGCCCCAGACCACUGGCAGCGUCCAGGACCCGAUUAACGAAGACCAGUCUUUGCCCACAUUAAUUCCAUCAGUCCAUACCAUAAAAUCCUUUUCCGCUCGAGCUGUGUCGCGCUCCCACCAGCGAGCCGAGCACAUCCUGAAAAACCUGCAGCAAGAGGAGGAAAAGCGGCGCCUAGGCCGCGAGGCUAGCAUCAUCACGGCCAUCCCGGUGGCUCAGGAGGCCUGCUAUGAGCCCACCUGCAGCCCUCCACCAGAGCAGGAGGAAGAAGCAGAAGAAGUGGUGAACCUCACAGCCCGCCGUCUUUCCGUCAGCCCGUCCUGCGCUUCCAGUAACUCUCACAGGAAUUACUCGUUUCGCCGAGGUUCGGUCUGGUCCGUCCGCUCCAUGGCGAGUGCAGAAGAUGAAGAAAACACAACAGACCACACUCCUACUCACCACAUGCUUCAACCGCCUCAAGCUGUCUUCCCAGCAUGCAUCUGUGCCGCAGUGUUACCAAUAGUCCAUCUCAUGGAAGAUGGAGAAGUCAGAGAGGAUGGUGUGGCUGUGAGCGCCGUCGCACAGCAAAUCCUCUGGAACUGCCUUAUUGAAGAUCCCGCUCUGGUUCUCCGCCACUUCCUGGAGAAACUCACAGUGAGCAACAGACAGGAUGAGCUGAUCUACAUGUUGAGGAAGCUGCUGCUAAACAUCGGGGAUCUGCCCGCUCAGACUUCUCACAUCCUCUUUAACUACCUGGUGGGGCUGAUCAUGUAUUUUGUGCGCACUCCUUGCGAGUGGGGUAUGGACGCCAUCUCUGCCACGCUGACCUUCCUGUGGGAGGUGGUGGGGUACGUGGAGGGGCUGUUCUUCAAAGACCUAAAGCAGACCAUGAAGAAGGAGCAGUGUGAGGUCAAACUGCUCGUCACUGCGUCCAUGCCAGGAACCAAAACCCUUGUGGUACACGGCCAGAAUGAGUGUGACAUCCCAACUCAGCUGCCAGUCCAUGAAGACACCCAGUUUGAUGCCCUAUUAAAGGAGUGCCUUGAAUUCUUCAAUAUUCCCGAAGCAAGAUCUGCUCACUACUUCCUGAUGGACAAAAGAUGGAACCUCAUUCACUACAACAAGACUUAUGUCAGAGACAUCUAUCCCUUCCGGAGGUCAGUUUCUCCUCAACUUAACCUAGUCCACAUGCUGCCCGAGAAAGGACAAGAACUUAUCCAGAAACAGGUGUUCACCCGUAAAAUGGAGGAGGUUGGUCGGGUCCUCUUCCUGAUAUCUCUUACCCAACACAUGCCAGCGGUACACAAGCAGUCCCACGUCUCCCUGCUGCAAGAAGACCUGCUGAGACUUCCGUCCUUCCCCCGAACUGCUAUUGAUGCAGAGUUCUCCCUCUUCAACGAGCCACAAGGUAAGGAGCUGUUUGGUCUGGACACUCUCCACAAAGUGCUUUGGAUUAAGCUCCUGGAGGAGAUGUUUCUCGGCAUGCCCAGCGAGUACCCCUGGGGGGACGAGAUGAUGCUGUUCCUCAACGUCUUCAACGGAGCAUUGCUGCUUCACCCGGAGGACAGCUCCCUCCUUAGGCAGUACACGGCCACCGCCAUAAACACAGCCGUCCACUUUAACCACCUCUUCUCACUGAGCGGAUACCAGUGGAUCCUUCCUACUAUGCUUCAGGUCUAUGCCGACUAUGAGAGCAACCCUUUGCUGCGACAGGGCAUUGAGUUUUGCUGCCGGCAGUUCUACAUCCUUCACCGAAAGCCCUUCAUCCUCCAGCUGUUUGCAAGUGUUGCUCCACUGCUGGAAUUCACUACCAGCACCAGCACUGGUUUAUCAAAAGGAGUGUCGGCCCAGUGUCUCUUUGACCUGCUGGUGUCGUUAGAGGGGGAGACCCAGGAUGCCCUGGAUGCCCUAGAGCUGGUUAAGGCAGAGAAACCUCUCCGUUCUCUUGAUUUUUGCUACGGUAAUGAAGACUUAGCCUUUUCCAUCAGUGAGGCCAUCAAGUUAUGUGUAACUGUUGUCGCCUAUGCGCCAGAAUCCUUCAGGAGUCUUCAGAUGCUUAUGGUGCUGGAAGCUUUGGUUCCCUGCUUCCUUCAGAAGCUUAAGAGCAACACUGCAACAAUGGAGUCCGCCUCUGCCGCCAGGGACGAGAUAGCAGCGAUUGCUUCAAUGGCCACAUCCCUACAGGCUUUGCUCUACAGCUCUGAGGCUCUCACCAGGCCAAUGACCGCCCCACAGAUGUCCCGCUGCGACCAAGGCCACAAGGGAGGCACAACAGCCAACCACGCUAUGUCCGGAGGCGUCAACACUAGGGACAAUCUCCACCUUCUGGAGGAGGGUCAGGGCAUGCCGAGGGAGGAGCUGGACGAGCGUCUCGCCAGGGAGGAGUUCCGCCGGCCACGAGAGUCCCUGUUAAACAUUUGCACAGAGUUUUAUAAACACUGUGGCCCUCGACUCAAGAUCCUGCAGAACAUUGCUGGAGAGCCACGGGUCACUGCGCUGGAGCUACUGGACAUCAAAUCCCACAUGAGACUGGCUGAAAUCGCCCACGCUCUCCUUAAGCUGGCACCCUACGACACCCUGACCAUGGAGAGCAGGGGCCUGCGUCGCUACAUCAUGGAGAUGCUGCCCAUCACCGACUGGUCGUCAGAGGCCGUGCGCCCCGCCCUCAUCCUCAUCCUCAAGAGGCUGGACCGCAUGUUCAACAAGAUCCACAAGAUGCCCACGCUCAGGUGCGCUCGCCCACAGGCACUGUGCACCAGGAGACAAGUGGAAUGGGAGGCGGCCAGCAAUCUGAUCGAGGGAAUCUGUCUGACGCUGCAGCGCCAGCCAAUCAUCUCCUUCCUCCCACACCUUCGCUCUCUGAUUAACGUCUGUGUCAACCUGGUGAUGGGUGUGGUUGGUCCCUCCAGUGUAGCAGAUGGACUCCCCCUCCUCCACCUCAGCCCAUACCUCUCUCCUCCCCUUCCUUUCAGCACAGCCGUUGUCCGGCUCGUCGCUCUUCAGAUUCAGGCCUUAAAGGACGACUUCCCUCUCAGUCAUGUGAUCUCGCCAUUCACCAAUCAGGAGAGGCGAGAGGGGAUGCUGCUUAAUCUGCUCAUUCCUUUUGUUCUGACUGUGGGCUCUGGAAGUAAAGAUAGCCCCCACCUUGAGCAGCCAGAGAUCUUCCUUCUCCUUCAGACUGUCAUCAACAUCCUGCUACCCCCUCGGAUCAUCUCCACCUCCCGCACCAAGAACUUCAUGUUGGACGCUUCGCCGGCUCACUGCUCUACACCUGGAGACACUGGAAAGGAUCUGCGUAGAGAGGGAUUAGCCGAGUCCACUAGCCAGGCCGCAUAUCUGGCUCUGAAGGUGGUGCUGGUUUGCUUCGAACGUUCUUUGGGAAACCAGUGGUAUCGUCUGAGCCUGCAGGUGAAAGAGAUGGCUCUGAGGAAGGUGGGAGGUUUGGCUUUCUGGGACUUCAUCGAUUUCAUUGUGCGGACCCGCAUCCCUAUUUUCGUUCUCCUGAGACCCUUCAUACAAUGUAAGUUGCUGACCCAACCAGCUGACUCCCAGGAGGAGAUUACAGCGCGCCACCACAUUGCUGACCAGCUAGAGCGACGCUUCAUCCCAAGACCUCUCUGCAAGAGCUCACUCUUUGCAGAGUUCAACAAUGAACUCAAGAUCCUCAAAGAGGCUGUACACAGUGGCUCUGCGUACCAAGGAAAGACCUCCAUCAGCACUGUUGGGACCUCUACAUCUGCGUACCGGCUCAGUCUGGCCACCAUGUCACGCUCCAAUACGGGCACCGGCACAGUUUGGGAGCAGGAUAGCCAGCCAUCGCGCCAACCAUCACAGGAUACACUCAGCCGCACUGACGAGGACGACGAAGAGAAUGACUCCAUCAGUAUUCCCAGCGUUGUGAGCGAGCAUGAGGCUUUCCUGCCGCGGGUAAUGUCUCAGCGGCGUUUCUCCAGCCACGCCACCGGCUCUGCAACCUUGCAGCCUGAGAAUCCCCGCACCACCAUGCUGCCCAGUCAAAGUGAACCAAAUGUGCUAGAUGAGUCCCAGGGCCUUCUGCAGGAGGGUAACCUCUCUAGGGUUGCAAGCGUUCAAAGUGAACCUGGACAACAGAACCUUCUACUCCAGGCCCCGUUAGGAAGAAAACGUGGACUCAGACAGCUGCGGCGCCCACUGCUGUCCAUUCCAAAGACUGAGCCGCGAGGUCGUUCUGGAGCUCGCCUCUCCACGACUCGAAGGAGCAUCCAGCCUAAAAACAAACCUCUGGAAACUUUAUUGGACUGUGAAGCACAUGGAGACCAGAAGAGGUCUGUGACCUUUACGGAGACUCAAGGCCAGCAGGCGUCUCCCAGUACUACAGAACCUCCAGGUGAAAGCAGGAAGUCAAGCCCAGCGCCAUCAAAGUCCCCCACACUGGAAGUGCCCUCUGUUACCACGGCUACCAUCAAAGCUGAUCUGCAUGGGCCUGCAAACACACAGGUCCCUUCAGCCAUGAGCAGCAAGGAGAGGAGGGAACAGUGGGGGCUCCGCAGCAGCCUCUCCCCUCCCCCCUCCUUCUCCCGACCCUCCACCCCCACGCCCCCCUCCCGUACCUGCUUCCCUCUCCCUCUAUCUCGCACCUCUUCCCCUCUCCCCCCUCCGCUCCCAGUGCUGAGUGCGGCCCCCUCCCCAGGCCCCCCUCCACCGCCGCCUCUGCCGCCCAGCAUCAGAGAGAGCCCCGGGGACGAGGACACGACGGCGCUGCUGCCCCGCGGCGAUGCCCUGCAACGGCUCAGCGAGGACGAAGGCACCGAGAACCCGCUCCUUGCCCCUUUGCUUUCGCCCAAGUCGCCCCGACGCUCCCCUCGUCGGUUUCCUCUCCCUCUCUCCCCCGUUGACCUGGACCUGGACGAGUCCCACGUGUGAGAGGAAUGGGAAUAUUUCCUGACGUGACAAUCAGAGUUUAAAAAGACUAAAGUCGGGGAUGAAUGUAUAUCAGCUGUCAACUCCACCGUAGAUUUAACUAAUUAAAAAUCUUAAUAUUACAUUUAUUUCCUUCACAAACUCAGAGAUUUAUUUUUUAGAAUAUAUUUUCAGUCAUAUUUAUAUCAUUAUUUAAUAUUAAAGCUACUAAAUUAGCACUUUUAAAACAGAGACCUGUAAUAUCUAAAUCCAUAAACAUCCCUUCCUCUUUUAUUACACUUUUUGAUGUCACGCAGAAAAAUGUGUAGUUAAUCACAGAAUGUAUGGAGUAAAUUUUGUUCCAUUAUUGUUGCAAAAAACGCAUUUUUAUAAUAGAAGUAAAUUAAAUGCAAAUCACAAAUGAAACUCUUUAAAACUUCUAAACAAAAAAA